AUGCCGCUCAUGCCGGGAUCUCCCCGACCAGGCACGCCUGCAGCUCACGAAGAAGACACGAGUGUCUACCGCUCUCUGUUCCAGCAACCGAUCGUCGACGUUCCUCCCAGGGCGCCAUCCUACGCCUGGUUUGAGUUCCUCCUGCAUCCAGAAGCGCUUCAGAAACACCUGACGACGCUUCGCCAGCAGCAAAAGUGCGACGCGCAUGGUGCCACGUCGGCCAUUGAGCUCGUGCGCGAGUUCCUCGAACAGGCGCAGCUCGUCGCGGACGAGGGCAACGUGCGCAACAAGCGCUACAGUGCGCUGCUGCUAGUCGCAGCCCAAGUCGCGCUCCAGAUGCAGCUCUCGCUGUCAGCGAUUGAACAGACACUGCCGUUGCACUUCCAGCGGCUGCUGUUGGACGGGAUCGUGGACUUUGCCGAGCAGCCGCGGAGUAGCCGCAACAGCGACUUCAUGCAAGACGUGUUCAUUCAGCCGCACGAGGCUCAUGUGUUGCACAAGCGCUGGACGCUACGGGCGCUCGUAAGGCAGUCACAGAACGGGUAUUUGACCUGCAGCAGCCGCAGCGAGGGCGAGGAGAUCUUGUCGACGUAUCAGAUGGCGUUGGGCGACCUCAUGGCGAGCCACUUACAGAUCGCGCAGAGCAUUCAGGCGAUUUUGAUGGGGAAUGACGAGAAGCAGGAGCUCCCAGCACAGAGUCAAGUGGACACGUACUUUGACCUGGGCGUGUAUUUCUUCAGCUUUAACGGGUACGAAAAGGCCUACAGCUGCUUUAGCCGAGCUUCGGAACUGAUAGAGGAGGACGGCGAUGGCGACGAGACGAUGGACAAAAGCAGCGACACUCAAUUGUCGACAGAGGAUCGAGCGAAGUUGGAAGGAUAUUUAACCGCGUGUGAAGCGGUGCUGGAAGUGCAAUCUGCCAACGAGAGCCCUGCAUUGUUGAAAACAACCAAGGUGCAAAUCGAGAUGGCGUGGGAAGCUCAAGACUGGGACAAAGUAGUUGAGCUUCUUGAACGUGAUAUGGUGGCUUUGGAGCUGACGAGAUUGCCACCGGGAUAUCGCGCUGCACUGGAGCAACAAGGGCUUCGUUUGUUGCGAUCGAGCUGCGGCCAAUUGGCGGACGGAGAUUCGCAUGAUGCCGCUUCGGCUGUACGAUUUUUUUACAAACGGAUCGUGAUGGGAAAUGCCGUGACGGCUCUUUUACUCGAAGGCGACGUUGAAGAAACGAUGUCGAUAGAAUCCUGCGUUUGCACGUGCAUUCGUCUGCUCUACGACGAGAUUUUUUGCCAAGUACGACACAGCACGUGUCUUGAUGACGAGCCCGAGAAGUGUUUUGUAGCGCUAGCUCGCUUCAUGCUGACGCUGGGUAGUUUUGCAUUCGCGAAUAGCUCGAAUGCCAGCGCUGGUGGACGAAUCAAGCACUUCUUGAUUCAAGUCAUUCGCCAGUUUUCCUGCAUUGCGCACAUAGAGGGCGCGACAGGGCUUCUCCAAAGCUGCGGGAUAGGGCCUGUUACUGAAAACAAUGACUCCGUGCCUGCCCUGGAGAGCCUAAGCAGUGCAGUGGCGAUAGAGCGACGCCUUCAGAGUGCAGUGGCUGUGCAGAGGGAGCAUUUUCGCAUGAUGGCAAACGUAGGCAGCAUGUUUGCAUUUUCCAGUGCGAAAACGAAGGAUGAGUUUAUCACUGCUCUAAAGGACGAAGUCGCAGCUAUGUCCGAGGUCAGCAGCCAUGCGCAUGAAACACGGUCGGCAAACGACAAGGACAACGGUGGACGCAGCCCGUCGUAUCAGAAUCUGAUCAGUUUUUGCGCAGCCAAUAAUAGCUGGAAGUUGCUCUCUCAGUGCAAAGACUUGGCACUAUUUUCGUCACAUUUACGACAUGAACUGGACUUUGCGGUUGCGUGUGGCACGCUCGCCGAGUAUGUGUCGUCGCUCGCGCCGUCGGCUAGUGCACCCAGUGCUAAGGUCUCCAGCGUUGGAGCUGAUGUAUCUUUUGUAUCAGGGACCCAAAGCGAUGGAUUUUCUAUCGUGACUAGCAUCAAGCUUGUGACAGAAAUCUUACUGAAGUGUCGUGAAUGGGCGGAUGCGGUUCAUGCAAGCCUUGCUGAUAACUCUGGAGGCGAAGAACGGAUCAAACUGGACGUAACGCAGGCGCUCAUGUACCUUCCUUUGCGGAUCGUGGAGACGCUCGUUUGCGUCUCUGCCGGGCUGCUGCACCGCGCAUCCAUGUACAACAUGUGUGGCUACCGUGUAUCGUUCGAUCUCACUCCGUACGGGGACCUAGCAUUUUUGGAGGCAUUCGCACCAGAUACGCCGUCUACAGCGUCCGGGCCAGGGUCUUCUAGCUCAACAGUCUCUUUCUUGAAGAACUUCCAGGGAGACUUGGUACGAUUACACUUUGCAGCCCUCGAGAGCUUGGUGUGCCGUUGCAAUCGCGAGCCGAGGUGGCAUUGUGCCAAAGCUGAUAUACUCCUGAAUCCUCUAUCGAAACAACGAUCGUCAUCGACUUCUGACCCGCGUGCCGCUCUGAAGGGCUAUUUGAUGGCAGCCUCGUUGGCAACGAAUUUUUUCUCCGACAUGGUUUCCGUGGUGGACAUCAUCGAUCGAAGCUCGCUUGUCCGCUUGAGCCAAUGUCUCGUGAAAGUCGGUGCGCACGUCGCAGCUGCCGUGUUGUACCAGUGUUUUAUGCCUGAGGAUUUCAAGUACGGUCUUCGUAUUUUACGGCUGGCUCCUGAAUCCCACGGCGAGGGAUUUUUCCAGUACUUCUGGGAGCUUCCGUUCCUUGAGCUGCUGGUGGAUCUCCAUUCGAGCCCAAGAUAUCUCAAUGAUAGAUACGUGAUGCUAUUGACCAACCUUAUCCAGUCCCCCGAGCUGAACAGUUCAAACCCUUCAUCAGUCGUCAACGACGUCGAGCACCGCAUCCUUCGCUGCUACUUCCGCGACUUGUGCCGAAUUUAUUUCAGCAACUAA